CUCAGCAGUGUGUCCCAUGAAGCUGUUGUCUGGACCAGCAGUGAGCUCUGAGAGGCAUAUUCAGGAGGCAGAGGAGAGCAGAAGAAGAAGCAAAGCCCAGUGCCGCCGAGAGAGCUGAUCCCAAACCUCCCUUCAUGGUUGAGUCUGCUGAAGAGACGGGACGCAGGUUGGAAAUGCAGCCGGGCACACAGGUUCCUUAUUCCCUGGAGAUGGGCUCCUUCCCUCACUUCUAUUCCCCUGUGCAUGCCAGCUCCACAUCUGUGAGCCUGUCAUCAAGCCUUUCCACGGGAAAUUCAGUGGACGGGCACCACAACUACCUCGAGGCCCCUGCGAACGCCGCCCGGGCGCUGCCGUCGCCCAUGAACGCCAUCGGGUCCCCGGUGAACGCGCUGGGCUCCCCCUACAGAGUCAUCGCGUCCUCCAUCGGCUCACACCCCGUCGCUCUGUCCUCGGCCCCGGGCAUGAACUUUGUGACUCACGCCAGCCCGCAGCUCAAUGUCCUGAACAAUGUCAGCAACUCAGAGGAUGUCAAGCCCUUGCCGGGUCUCCCAGGGAUUGGGAACAUGAAUUAUCCAUCUACAAGUCCAGGAUCCUUAGCCAAACACAUCUGUGCCAUCUGUGGGGACAGGUCCUCAGGGAAGCACUAUGGGGUGUACAGCUGUGAGGGCUGCAAAGGCUUCUUCAAGAGGACAAUCCGUAAGGACCUGAUCUACACUUGCCGGGACAACAAGGACUGUCUCAUAGACAAGCGCCAACGCAACCGCUGCCAGUACUGCCGCUAUCAGAAGUGCCUCGCCAUGGGGAUGAAGAGGGAAGCUGUGCAGGAGGAGAGGCAGAGGAGCAGGGAGCGGAGCGAGAAUGAGGCCGAGUCCACGAGCAAUGGCAGCGAGGACAUGCCUGUGGAGAGGAUCCUGGAAGCUGAGCUGGCAGUGGAACCCAAGACAGAGGCAUACAGUGACAUGACCACAGAGAGCUCGACAAAUGACCCUGUCACAAACAUAUGCCACGCAGCUGACAAGCAGCUCUUCACACUCGUCGAGUGGGCCAAGCGAAUCCCCCACUUCUCUGACCUGACGCUGGAAGACCAAGUCAUUCUCCUCCGGGCAGGCUGGAAUGAGCUGCUCAUUGCCUCUUUCUCUCAUCGCUCCGUGUCGGUGCAGGACGGCAUCCUCCUGGCCACAGGCUUGCACGUGCACCGCAGCAGUGCCCACAGUGCUGGGGUGGGCUCCAUCUUCGACAGGGUUUUGACAGAGCUGGUGUCCAAAAUGAAGGACAUGCAGAUGGAUAAGUCGGAGCUGGGGUGCCUGCGAGCCAUUGUCCUGUUUAACCCAGAUGCCAAGGGUUUGUCCAGCCCCUCAGAAGUGGAGUCACUGAGGGAGAAGGUCUAUGCCACGCUGGAAGCCUACACGAAGCAGAAGUACCCCGAGCAGCCAGGGCGGUUUGCCAAACUCCUUCUGCGUCUGCCGGCGCUGCGGUCCAUCGGGCUGAAGUGCCUGGAGCACCUCUUCUUCUUCAAGCUGAUUGGGGACACCCCCAUUGACACCUUUCUCAUGGAGAUGCUGGAGACACCCCUCCAAGUCACUUGAGGGUCUGGGCCCUCUCUGGCCAGCCCCUGGCCCCCCAUGUCCCUGCACAACCUCCUGCCCUUCUUCUCUGAGCCUGUGAGAGCUCCAGAGAUGUCCUUCACCCUCCUCUCCUCCUCAGUGGGAUUGUCGUGGUUUUGUACAGCUGUAAAUCACCCCCUCUAACCCUCCCUGGCCUGUCCAGGGGUGGGCCACAGGUCCUCUCCCCAGCUAACCAUUCCCUUGUCCCCCUGUACAGAUAAUUGCUUUAAAUUAUUUUUUCAUUCUCAAUAAAAGUCAACAAAACAAAUAAAAUAAUGUGAGC